UGUGCGAGUGCGGUGAUUACGUCGUAUGAAGUAUAUGAUCGAGGCUCCAGUGACAUUGUUGCCGUUGCACCCGUCCCGUUGGGUUCGUCCGCUGAACACUUCACAAACGCACCAUGUACAAAAUGCGUCUGCUGUCGAACGCGCUGGGGCCCAGGGCCUUGGGUCGCCGGCACGGUCACGGUGGCCGUGGGGCCGCGGGUUUCGAUCUCGGCGGCGUUUUCGUGCCCAUACCCACGCCGUACCAGAAGAACGGAGACGUCGACUAUGGCGCGUUGGCCGCCAAUUUCCAGAGAUGGGAGAAGAUACCUUUCAGAGGUCAGACGGCUCCGCUUUCGCUGGGAUACUGCGUGGGAGGAUCCAAUGGUGAAGGACCAUACCUAAGUGCGGAUGAAAAAAUAGAAAUGGUAUCCAAAAUCAGAUCUAUGAUUGGAAAUGACCGAUUGUUGAUUGCUGGGACCACGUGUGAAUCGACUAAAUUGACAUGCGAUCUUAGUAAGGCUGCUGCUGAAGUUGGAGCGGAUGGAGUCUUGGUGAUGAGCCCUUUCUACUUCAAGACCAGAAUGACAGAGGAUUCGUUGUACAAACAUUUCGUAACGUUGGCUGACUCGUGUCCGGCGCCCGUGAUAGUGUACAACAUGGUACCGGUGACUGGUAUCGACCUGAGCAUCGGAGUGUUGAAGAAAAUGGCUGCGCAUCCGAACAUUGUCGGCGUGAAAGACAAAGACAUGGCGAAACUCGCAGCUCUAGUCACGGAAACGCGAAAUCUACAAUUCCAAGUCGUCGCUGGUUCCGCGAGUUAUUUAUUGGCCGCAAUGCUCGUCGGAUGUUCGGGUGGUAUAAACGGUCUCGCAGCCGUACUCGGUGAACCGUUGUGUAAAAUGCACGCACUGGCGAUGGAUGGUCAAUGGCAGAAGGCUUUGGAACUGCAAAGGAAACUCGUCAAUAUUGAUUUGCUGUUGAUGCAGGAGUGCGGUCCGGCUGGUCUGAAAGCCGCCAUGGAACUGCUGGGCUACAGCGGAGGCGCGUGCCGUUCACCGUUGCCACCGAUAUGUGACGAAAAGGUCGAGAAGAUCAAACGGACGCUGGAGGAAGACGGGUUUUUGUAAUCCGCCGGGGAAAAAGUAAAAACGAACGCAUUUUUUAUUUUUUACAGAAUCAUGAUAUCUUCGUAUUACACACAAGUCAAUACACGUUGUUAUUUUAUACACGUGACAAAAAUAAUAAUAUAAUAUAAUCAUAUCGAUACAUUAAUACUUAUAAACUAACGA